GGGCGGGGCUCUGAACCGUAGGUUUUGUUGUGAGGGUCGGUUGUCAAGCAGCAACCAAUCAGGGCAGAGGAUGGAGGCAAGUGGGGGUCGCGCCUGGAGCGGAGCCUUGGCCUCCCGAGCUACAGCUGCAGUCUCGUGUUGAGCUGAGAUGGCCCAAGCCUGACAUUCCAUGAUCCUGGAUCCUGGCAGAUGUGCACAGGCUGCUACAGCAGCAGUGGAUGAUCUAAACCACCAGGCAGUCCUGGGCCAAGAGAGGAGGACUCUCUGCCUGGAUGUGUGGAGACUCCCUGCCAACUUGAUUGGCGGAUCUGGGGGGGAUCCACCCCCACCCCACAAAGAAAGCACAGUCCAUUUUGUGGGUGGGGUCUCAGGUGCCAGCCCCUGAAACAUGGCCACCCCUGUGGUCACCAAGACGGCCUGGAAGUUACAGGAGAUCGUCGCUCAUGCCAGCAAUGUGUCCUCAUUGGUGCUGGGCAAGGCCUCCGGGCGGCUGCUGGCCACUGGAGGGGAUGACUGCCGUGUCAACCUGUGGUCCAUCAACAAGCCUAACUGCAUCAUGAGCCUGACAGGUCACACAUCCCCUGUGGAGUGUGUCCGCCUCAACACCCCUGAGGAGCUCAUCGUGGCUGGCUCUCAGUCGGGCUCCAUCCGUGUCUGGGACCUGGAAGCUGCCAAAAUUCUCCGCACACUCAUGGGACACAAAGCCAACAUCUGCAGCCUAGAUUUCCACCCCUACGGUGAAUUUGUGGCCUCAGGUUCCCAGGACACAAACAUUAAGCUCUGGGACAUCAGGAGGAAAGGCUGUGUCUUCCGGUACAAGGGGCACAGCCAGGCUGUGCGGUGUCUCCGGUUCAGCCCUGAUGGGAAGUGGCUUGCAUCAGCCGCAGAUGACCACACAGUGAAGCUGUGGGAUCUGACUGCUGGCAAGAUGAUGUCUGAGUUCCCUGGUCACACCGGGCCUGUCAACGUGGUGGAAUUUCACCCCAACGAGUACCUCUUAGCUUCUGGCAGCUCUGACAGGACAAUCCGCUUCUGGGACCUGGAGAAGUUUCAGGUGGUGAGCUGCAUUGAAGGGGAGCCAGGGCCAGUCAGGAGCGUCCUCUUCAACCCUGAUGGCUGCUGCCUGUAUAGUGGCUGCCAGGACUCACUGCGUGUCUAUGGCUGGGAGCCUGAACGCUGCUUUGAUGUGGUCCUUGUCAACUGGGGCAAGGUGGCUGAUCUGGCCAUCUGCAAUGACCAGCUGAUAGGUGUGGCCUUCUCCCAGAGCAAUGUCUCCUCUUAUGUGGUGGACCUGACUCGAGUUACCAGGACAGGUACAGUGGCCCAGGAUCCUGUGCAGGACAGCCAGCCUCUGACACAACAGCCCUCCAACCCUGGUGUUUCCCUCCGGCGCAUCUAUGAGCGGCCCAGCACAACAUGCAGCAAGCCUCAGAGGGUAAAGCACAACUCGGAGAGUGAACGGCGCAGUCCCAGCAGCGAGGACGAUCGGGAUGAGAGGGAGUCCCGGGCUGAGAUCCAGAAUGCUGAGGACUACAAUGAGAUCUUCCAGCCCAAGAAGAGCAUCAGUCGGACACCACCUCGGAGAAGUGAGCCCUUCCCAGCACCCCCAGAAGAUGACACAGCCACAGCAAAGGAAGCCUCCAAGCCCAGCCCAGCCACGGAUGUGCAGUUGCCGGUGCCAAAUCUUGAGGUCCCAGCCCAGCCUCCAGUCAUGGCCUCCACUCCUGCACCCAAGGGUGAGCCUGCCAUCAUCCCUGCCACAAGGAAUGAGCCCAUUGGGCUAAAAGCCUCCGACUUCCUGCCUGCUGUGAAGAUCCCCCAGCAGGCAGAGCUGGUGGAUGAGGAUGCCAUGUCACAGAUACGUAAAGGCCAUGACACCAUGUGUGUGGUGCUCACCAGCCGCCACAAGAACCUGGACACUGUGCGUGCCGUGUGGACCACAGGUGACAUUAAGACAUCAGUGGACUCUGCUGUAGCGAUCAAUGACCUGUCUGUAGUGGUGGACCUCCUAAACAUUGUCAACCAGAAAGCCUCCCUGUGGAAGCUGGACCUGUGUACCACAGUGCUGCCACAGAUCGAGAAACUUCUGCAGAGCAAGUAUGAAAGCUAUGUCCAGACUGGGUGCACCUCCCUGAAGCUGAUCCUGCAGCGGUUUCUGCCUCUCAUCACAGACAUCUUGGCAGCCCCGCCCUCUGUGGGUGUGGACAUCAGCCGGGAGGAGAGGCUACACAAGUGCCGACUCUGCUACAAACAGCUCAAGAGCAUCAGCGGCCUUGUCAAGAGCAAGUCAGGCCUGAGUGGCCGCCAUGGCAGUGCCUUCCGUGAACUGCACCUACUCAUGGCCAGUUUGGACUGAGAAACUCAUUGGGUGGGGGUACAGUGGCCCUCACUGGCCUUGGCCCCCCACUCCUGUUCCCUGUGCGCCCACCGGCCCACGAGCCUCGCCUGGUCACCCCUGCUGCCCUGGCAGCCAUCCUGGAGGCAGCAUUGCCAACCCAUUGGCCACCUCCACAGCCAAGGAUUGAACUUCCUCUCCAGCAGUGGCUACACAGCCUUGCUUAGCCCUUGCUUCCCAGGGCAACAACUCCAGCCCCGGAGCUGCUGCUGUAAUUUAUCAGGCAGAUUUAUUAAAUUUAUAACUGUUCCCGA